AGCGCUCCACUGCUGAGCCGCAGCCCCAGCCCUGCUGCUUGAUCUUAAUAACUACAGAUCAUCUUUACUGAAACGUUAAAUACAGUUUGAAGUCACUCAAGACAAACUGGCAGAGCUGUAAAGAACUUAGAGAGAUACAAAACUACUUUCCAAGGCAUUUCUCUUGCCUGAACCUAAAAGCAAGGGUGUCACCCUGGUGAUAAGCAUUUUGAUAAUGUAUGGGCCAAGUCCCCAGACUUAGUAAAAGCACCUUUGUCCUUGCUCAAGAGGAAUAUCAACAUGGAUCCUGAUGGGUCUGUACAAGAUCCUGAAGAUAAGGAAUAUUCUUCUGUCUGUGUUGGCAGAGAAGAUGACAUUAAAAAAUCUGAAAGAAUGACAGCUGUUGUCCAUGACAGAGAAGUGGUCAUUUUCUACCAUAGAGGAGAAUAUCAUGCUAUGGAUAUUCGCUGUUAUCAUUCAGGAGGACCUUUACAUUUGGGAGAAAUAGAGGAUUUUGAUGGACGACCAUGUAUAGUUUGCCCCUGGCAUAAAUACAAAAUUACUUUGGCAACAGGAGAAGGAUUAUACCAGUCUAAAAACCCUAAAGAUCCAUCAGCAAAACCCAAGUGGUGCUCCAAAGGAAUAAAGCAAAGGAUUCAUAGAGUGACAGUGGAUAAUGGGAAUAUUUAUGUGACUCUUUCUAAGGAACCCUUUAAGUGUGACUCUGAUUUUUAUGCCACUGGAGACUUCAAAGUAAUUCGGAGUUCUUCCUGAUAAAAAUAUAUGACAAUGAAAAGUGUUGUGUAUGUGUGGAAAUAUUUUUAUAAUAACUUUGCUUCCAUACCAAAGAUGAUUUUUUUCAACACAGGUACAAUUAUUACUUAUCUUUAAAAAUCACAUAUCUAUGAGAGUUUAAAAGUUCAUGUAUUUUGUAUGAUUUAAGUAUUACCAACAGAAUACAUCCAAAAAAAAUUUUUUUUUUGUAUUGUGAA